CAUGUGGGAAUCGAAUCUGCAUCAGCGUUAGAAGCACGGCGCUCCAACCGCCUGAGCCACUGGGCCGGCCCCUCCCCAAAGUCUUAUGCUCUCUCUUGCCUCCAAAGUUUUGAACAUGUGAUUUCUGCCAUGUCUCUUAGACCUGUGGAACUCCUACUCAUCCCACAAAGCCCCAGUUCUCAUGCCUUCUCCCCCUAGGAUGCCUUCCCGGCUCCCCUUCUGGGUCCCCCUAUGCCCUGUCACUUCCUCUGGCCCAGCUCUGACUGCAGGGUGCUGGAACUAUCUGUGUCCAGUUCGGUCUUUCUGCAUCCUGGGGGUGUCCUUGAAAGCAGGUCUGGUUUCCAAUACUACCUGAGCUCAGAAUUGUCCCACCACAUGGGCCGUACACAGAGUUGCCCUUGAGGAGGAGUUAGAGGGGAGCAAGACUGCAUGGGAAAUGAAGGCUUUACAGGGGAGGGGUCCUUGGAGCCAGAGUUCUGCCAGAUGCUCAGGAGUUAGGAAGACUCCUUGCCAAGAAAAGUUAGGGUUAAAUGGCUCAGGACUCAGAUAAUAGGAUGAAACAGGGAGCGGCCAUCUGGAAGGUUGGUGGGUGUGAGCAAAGGCCUGGAGGCCCAAAGGAUGGUGGGUGGGGAAGCCAGAGAAGGGGCUUCUGGACUAGCCUAGGGGAGUCCAGGGCUGGAGUCCAUCUUCAUUCAGAGCCUGCCCUCGUGUGCCCCUCCCAGGCCCCAAGGACUGGGCAGGGUGGAGUCAAGGCCAAGCCAGCUAAGCUAGUCCUGGCCCACUCUAGGCCUUAAUUCUGGGCCAAGAAGGCCCAAGUUCACCCCUCCUUGGGCCUGUGGACCCUCUCCCUACCUGAGGUCCCAGGACUGUGGGCAUGAAGGGCUUUCAAGUUUCUCACUUUCCUGCAUAACCCUCCGCCCUCUGCCUUUGCUCUAGCCUGGUCACCCUGCAGUUCACUGCUUUGGGCUGAUGAGACCCUGGCAAAGAGCCCCGACUAUGUCUGGGGGCUUUCAAGGAAGCAGACCCUGCCUGGGGAGCGCAUUUCAGAGCCCUAUUCCUGCUCCCUGCCUCAUCUGACCAUUCCUGCAGUGACAGGCUCCAGGCCUUCUUCCUCACCCUACACUGGGGGGCCGGGGGCGGAGGGAAACCAACCUCCCUACCCCACUACGGGCAGCUCUGCUAGAGGCUUUCCCACUGCUGGCCCCAAGGCCCACUCCCAGCCUUUGUCUCACUAGAUCCUCCCUGGGAGUGCCCUCACCCCUCACCCACAGCCCUCUCAGCUCACAUGCUGCAGGAGGGCCCGUCUCAGUAGGCUGCCCACUCGUCUCAUGGCUGGAGACUGGUCGCCCCUCCCUUCCAAACACCCUGCACCCCAACCCUCCAGCCCUAGCAGGGCUGACCUUACAGUAAUUAGACAGCUACUGUGUGCCAGAACCAACCCUACCGGGUUCACUAGCUCACAGCCCUGGGCCCCUGGGAAGGCGGUCUGAGCACCCCAGGGAGCUGACCCUGCCUUGCCCAGACCCUGCCCCGCCCCAUCCCGGCCUCGGGUGCUUCCCAGACAGUGAAUAAUGCGGCAGGAGCGCCUGGAGUGGGGCUAGCUGGAGCGGGCACGUGGGGGGGCUCCCGGAAGGCUCUGUUCACCCCAGCUAUCGCAUCCCUGACCCUGCGGCAUGGGGUCCCUCAAGUGCCCCUUCCCCAGAGGCUACACGGUGCCCGCACCGGGCUGGGGGGCGACCGCUAACCCCCAUCAAUCAGGCCAGGGACUGAGAGGCGUGGCCAGCGCAGGGGGGAGGGGCUGAUGAGGGAGAGACCCACAGAAAGACGUCGAGACGCGGAUAGAGACUAACAGGGCGCGUACUGCAAGGCGGUAUCCCUACUCCAGCUAUUUUUAGCCCCCGCGAAUCCUCCUCCAAGCCCGGAGGGAACCUCAACCCUCCUGCCCAGGAUCCCGCACACGGGUGUCCUGUGGCCCUGGCGACUUGGCAGCCCCAGGGUCCUCCGUGAGCCCGCCCCCGCCGUGACUCAGUUUACCCAGGAAUCCAGGAGUCUGGGUCGUCCUGCUCCGCCUGCUUCCUGGCCGGGACAAGAACAUCCCAUCCAUUCAUCAUCACCUUCAUCAUCGCCAGGUGAAGACACAGCCGGUCAGGUGUGCCUGAGCCAGUGCCAGCCCACCCCACCUACAAUCUCAGCCCGAUGAGGUACUGACCCUUCCCACUGCACUCUAGCGCCAUGUGGCACAAUGGCAGCUCUCUGCGGCCCUGUUUCCGGCCAACGAACAUUACGCUGGAGGAGCGGCGCCUGAUCGCCUCUCCCUGGUUCGCGGCCUCCUUUUGCCUGGUGGGCCUGUCCUCCAACCUGCUGGCCCUGAGCGUCCUGGCAAGGGCAAGGCAGGGCAGCUCGCACUCGCGCUCUUCCUUCCUCACCUUCCUCUGCGGCCUGGUCCUCACCGACUUCAUGGGGCUGCUGAUCACUGGUGCCAUUGUGGUGUCCCAGCACGCUGUCCUCUUCGACUGGCGCACCGUGGACCCCAGCUGCCGUCUCUGCCGCUUCUUCGGCGUCGUCAUGGUCUUCUUCGGCCUGUGCCCACUGCUGCUGGGAGCCGCCAUGGCCUCAGAACGCUACCUGGGCAUCACGCGGCCCUUCUCGCGCCCGGCGUCCACCUCACAGCGCCGCGCCUGGGCCACCGUGGGGCUGGUAUGGGCCACCGCGCUGGUACUGGGCCUGCUGCCUCUGCUGGGCGUGGGCCGCUACACCAUGCAGUACCCGGGCUCCUGGUGCUUCCUCACGCUGGGCCCCGAGCCCGGGGACGUGGCCUUUGGCCUGCUGUUCUCGCUCCUCGGCAGCUUCUCGGUGGGGUUGUCCUUCCUGCUCAACACGAUCAGCGUGGCCACUCUGUGCCAUGUCUACCACGGGCAGGAGGCCGCCCAGCAGCGCCCACGGGACUGCGAGGUGGAGAUGAUGGCUCAGCUGCUGGGCAUCAUGGUGGUGGCCAGCGUCUGCUGGAUGCCACUGCUGGUCUUCAUCGCCCAGACGGUGCUGCGGAGCCCGCCAGCCAUGAGCCCCUCUGGACAGCUGUCCCGAGCCACCGAGCAAGAGCUGCUCAUUUACCUGCGCGUGGCCACCUGGAACCAGAUCCUGGACCCGUGGGUGUACAUCCUGUUCCGCCGAGCCGUGAUCCGGCGUCUCCACCCUCGCCUAAGCACACGGCCCAGGUCGCUCUCCCUGCAGCCCCAGCUCACCCGGAGGCCCACCAUGGCAUAGGGCCAGAGGUGGACAUUGAUUGGGGUGGCUCUGAAAGGACAGCCAGACAGAACAUCCUGCCCGCGUGUUCCCCAUUCAACCUCGGUCCUCCCUGGUGGUCAUAUCUGCCCAUUCUGAAGUCCAGGAGCCGGGAGUGGCGGAUAGACACAGAGUUUGAGUGGCAGAACUAUGAGCUGUCUUCCAUCAACCCUGGGGACCAUCCCCAACUCUUUCCUGAUCCCCCUUUCCAAGGCCUGUCCUCUCUCAGCCCCCUCCCAACCCCAGGAAGGGGGAGUGGGCGUGUAGGGAGAGUGUCUGACAGCAAUUAGACUUGUAAUCCUCCCUUCCAGAAGUCCUCAGGAAAUGGAGGAUUCUGACCCCUGAAUAUGACUUACUCUCUGGGGUACAGUUGAUCCCCUUUGACACCCCAACCUGAGAAGGCUCUGUCUAGAAAAGAUUGAAUGUGAACGCACAGGACACCCCGUCUCUUGCCAAAACAUAUCUCCACCUGGCUUUAUUUUCCUUUGGGUCCGUCAUCAGUCAUUGACGUUUGGUGCAGCAGAUUGCUGUCCAGUGGGGGCUGUGGGGGAAGGGCAGAGAGGGCGAGGCUGGGUUCUGGCUCCUCUCCCCACCUUCUUUACUGAGUCUUUACUAAGCACUUUACAGGUCAGAUCUCCUGGAAUCCUCCCUACAGCCCCUAGAGAGUGUUCUGAUAUUAAACCCAGAUGAGGAAAAGAGAGAGAGACACACACAAAACCACAGAGUAACACCUGCUUCGUCCGCUCCAGAUGAGUCACUCUCUCAUAAGCUUCUCAUUCAGCCAUUCAUCCGCUCAACGCUCAGACUCCCAAUGCCUUGAACAAAACACCAGGCCAAUAGUCAGUGCUCAAUAAAGAUCCACUGAA